UUUAAGGUCAACUUCCGGGUUAAGUAUAGGAACCGAGCCUUCAGUUGCUAACGUUACAUGUGUAUUGUUUUGCCGAAAUAAGCGAAUAACAACCACAACUGAUUUAUCAAUAUGGAUAUACUAAAAGCUGAGAUCGCAAGAAAAAGGAAACUCAUCGAAGAUAAAGAUCUUGUUGACGACUCUAAAAAAUUCUUCAAAAGGUCUGAUCUGGCACGCAAGGAACAAGAGGAUUACUUCAAAAGAUGUGGAUAUAAGGUGCAGAGAGAGUCACCUGAGAGCCAGGUUGAUAAGAAAGAAGAUGAGCAAUCCACCUCAGCUAAUCCAGUGUUAGAAAUGGAACUAACGGAAGAAAAGCUGCCAAUGACACUGUCAAGACAGGAAGUGGUUCGGCGGCUAAGAGAGCGAGCAGAACCAGUCCGUUUUUUUGGAGAGUCUGAUUAUGAUGCCUUCCAGAGACUCAGGAAGAUUGAGAUUCUGACCCCAGAAGUUAACAAGGGCUUGAGGAAUGACCUCAAAGCAGCCAUGGACAAGAUCGACCUGAAGUACCUGAAUGAGAUCGUUGGAGGAACGGAGCCUGGAGAAGUGGACACACAGCAUGACCUGAAAGUGCAUGAAGAACACACCACCAUAGAGGAAUUGGAGGCUCUUCGUAACACCCUGGGCACCGGGGACGAUGAGGGAGACCAGGAAGUUAUCGACAAGUUUUUGAGGUUUCUUCUUGGUGUUUGGGCGAAAGAUCUGAACAGCCGAGAGGACCACGUGAAGCGAAGUGUUCAGGGCAAACUGGCCAGUGCCACUCACUCACAGACUGAGUCUUACCUGAAACCUCUCUUCAGGAAGCUCAGGAAGAAGAGUUUACCAGCGGACAUCAAAGAGUCAAUCACAGACAUCAUUAAAUUCAUGUUGGAGAGAGAAUAUGUCAAGGCAAAUGACGCCUACUUGCAGAUGGCCAUUGGUAAUGCUCCUUGGCCAAUCGGUGUGACCAUGGUGGGAAUCCACGCUCGUACCGGGCGAGAAAAGAUCUUCUCCAAGCACGUGGCCCACGUUCUCAACGAUGAGACGCAGAGAAAAUACAUCCAGGGCCUGAAGAGGCUGAUGACUAUCUGCCAGAAACACUUCACGACUGUUCCAUCAAAGUGUGUGGAGUACAACGCGCUUUAACCUGUAACUUCGGUGCACCUCACGCCGAUGCUGUCCGGUCCAUCGAAUUACAAUCCAAUGUGGUCAUUUUGGCAGCAUCUCGCUUCUCGCUUCUGGGAUGACAGUGUGGCCGAGCAGAAAUUUGUCAACGUGUUGUAUAUCAAGGGCUUUCAGGUGCAUCUGCAUUUUUUUGGUAUGCCAAAAAACUUAAUUUAAGAUGAAUCCAGCUGAGUACGACCUGAAUACAACCAGACUUGAAACUAUAUCACAUUUAGGUGGAGGACACUCAUGCUGAGAAUUUGCUCCUAUUUGAGAACAUCUAAACUAUUCUUGACAGAAAAGGGAAACCGUAUAAAGGUUUAACUUGUGAAUGCUAACAAAACCACAUUUUCCAGCAAAACCAUUUUGUCAAAAAGCUCCAGUAUUGUAAGUUGUAUUACAUCUUUUGACAAGCUGACGUCAAUGCAGAUAACGUUUUAUUUGCAUGUAUAAGGUUCUUACUUGUACUAUCUUUGUAUGAAAAUAAACACUUUAUUUGUUGUAACACCUAC